UCUACAAGCAACCCAUUUUGGAGUUUACUUCUGCUUCUGGAACUGCACCUGCAUGCUAUUGAAAUGCAUAAAAAAGAACAAAACUUUGAAGUUUGAACCUCCUAGUUGAUGAAAUCACAGAAUUCUUAAUUUUCUUCCUCUGUGCAUCACAGUCACAGAGGUGCCUAAUUGUUUUUGAUUCUUUUUAAUCCAUCCUUGCAGUUUGGAAUUGGACUAAUGGGUUGAAUUGGGUUUUGUAUGCAUCUCUUUGGCCGUUUCAAUUCAACUUCAAGUUAACUCCAAGCUGUUAGUCUAGUGCAGCAUGACAGAGUCUCGUACUUGACAGGUUGCAGGUUCGAACUCGCUCUGAACUGUGGAAUCAUCUCCUAAAAAUUCAACUGCAAUUUAUUUAUUAUCAUCAAGAAACACAGCUCAUUCCCAUCAACUGUUGAAGAAUUUUAUCAAAAUGGGUCAAGAUUUUUUCAACUUGUUUCAUCUGGAAACAAAGAGAUUACUAUGGCUUAUUGGUAUCACAUUUGCUGUGAUCAUCUCUUUUCAGUAUCUUGAGCUUCCAUAUGGUAAUGUUCUACUCUCUCUAUUCUCCGCGGACAAGGUAUCAACAUCCCACACUACAGCUCCAUCACCUGAAUUGGGCAUUGUUAGCAAUGCAACAAUUUUCAAUGAAGCAAACUCUACUGAUGAACAUGACCUUAGUAGAAUUAACAUGUCUGCGACAAGUACUGGUUUUGUCCUGGAGCAAGGAAGCCCUCCAAACAAUUCUAUAGUAUUUGAUGAGUCUGAUAAAAGUCGUAAUAACAUUACUACGAACGGUUCACGAGAAGAAAACAUUACCUCAAGACCUGAAAAUAAAUCUGCAAGUUCAUAUGCUUAUUCUCCUGAAAAGGCACCAGUAUAUUUAACUCCUGUAACAAAUGUGAGCACAAGUAUUAUUACACCUGUAGUGUUAUCAAAUGAAAACAACAUAUCCUUGUCUCAGAAUGAGAGUACAAAUUCCACGAAGGAAGGGAGUUUUAGGCCAUCAACAAAUGAUGAUAAGAUACCGAGCGAGAAUUCCUCCAUCAACAUUGUGCCUCAGGAGAAAGGACAUUCUCCUGUACCAGUUCCAGAGGUCACAUCUGUAUCUGAAAUGACCAAGUUAUUGCUUCAAAGUCAUGUUUCCUAUCGUUCUAUGAGGCCAAGGUGGUUUUCAGCUGUUGAUCAAGAGUUACUGCAGGCCAGAUUAGAGAUUGAAAAUGCACCAAUCAUAAGGAAUGAUCCAAAUCUUUAUGCUCCCAUUUAUCAAAAUGUUUCCAUGUUCAAGAGGAGCUAUGAAUUAAUGGAAGAGAGACUGAAAGUGUAUGUGUACAGAGAAGGAGAUAGACCCAUACUGCAUUCACCAUUUCUGACAGGAAUAUAUGCAUCUGAGGGAUGGUUCAUGAAGCUGAUGGAAGCUAAUAAAAGAUUUGUAACUAAUGACCCAAACAAGGCUCACCUAUUUUACUUACCUUUCAGUUCUCGUUUGCUAGAGGAAACAUUGUAUGUUAAGGAUUCGCAUAGCCGAGACAAUCUGGUUCAAUAUCUUCAUGAUUAUGUGGACUUGAUUGCGGGGAAACAUCCUUUCUGGAACAGAACUGGAGGUGCUGAUCAUUUCCUUGUUGGUUGCCAUGACUGGGCACCAGCGGAAACGAGGGAGCGGCUAGCUAACUGCAUAAGGGCGCUGUGCAAUGCUGAUGUAAAAGAAGGUUUUGUGUUUGGUAAAGACGCGUCUCUUCCUGAAACGAACGUCCACAAUGCUCUAAACCCUACCAGGGAUGUUGGUGGAUAUCCAGCUUCAAAGAAGAAAACUCUGGCCUUUUUCGCGGGGAAAAUGCAUGGUUAUGUGAGGCCGAUACUGUUGCAGCACUGGGAGAAUAAAGAUCCUGACAUGAAAAUCUCUGGGAAAUUGCCAAGGUCUAAGGGUAACAAGAACUACAUCCAGUACAUGAAGAGCAGCAAGUACUGCAUUUGCGCCCGAGGGUACGAAGUAAACAGUCCGCGCGUCGUGGAAGCCAUCUUCUAUGAAUGUGUUCCGGUUAUUAUAUCUGACAAUUUCGUGCCGCCCUUUUUCGAGGUUUUGAAUUGGGAAUCCUUUGCUGUUAUUAUUUUGGAGAAGGAUAUUCCAAAUUUGAAAAACAUACUGCUUUCCAUCCCAAAGAAGAGGUACCUUAGAUUGCUCAUGAGGGUCAAAAAGGUACAACAGCAUUUCCUUUGGCACAAGAACCCUGUCAAGUAUGAUAUGUUUCACAUGAUACUUCAUUCUAUAUGGUACAAUAGAGUCUUCUCUUCUACUGCUAGAUAGCAUGGAUAUAUGGUAGGAACAGAAGAUUUCAUAUAUAUGUAGACUUGUAUUCACAACUUUUUGUUUAAUCUUAUUCACUAAAUAAGAUCACAACUUCUGAUUGAAUGUAUAGUUGCAUUCUUUUCUGUACACACUGAUCAUGGCUUAGACUUGUAUUCAUGGUGAGUGACUACUGCUUGGGAUA